AGUGUCCACCAUGUAUUCUCUCACCCCAAUCCCCAGAAAGAGCUGUAGAAUAAACUGAUGAAGACAUCACAGUAGCAAAAGAAGCACCACAACGUUAUAUAUAUAUCUACAUCCGACGAAUCAGAAGAUCAUCAGACAUAUAUAGUACGUAAAACAUCGUAUAGACAAGGAAAAAGAUCGAUAGAUCGAAUGUAUAGUAGCGUUAGCAACACGGUGAUAGGUUUCUUGAACCUCCUCACGCUGCUAGCCUCCAUUCCGAUCAUCGGCGCCGGGCUAUGGAUGGCGAGGAGCAGCACCACCUGCGAGAAGUUCCUCCAGACGCCGCUUCUCGUCAUCGGAUUCGUCAUCCUAAUCGUGUCGCUCGCCGGAUUCAUCGGGGCGUGUUUUCGUGUUACGUGGGCGCUCUGGUUCUACCUUCUCGUCAUGCUGUUCCUCAUCGCCGCUCUUAUGGGCAUCACCAUUUUCGGGUUCGUCGUCACCAGCCACGGCGGUGUCGCGGAGGUUCCCGGCAAGGUGUACAAGGAGUACCACCUGGAGAACUAUUCGCCCUGGCUGAAGAAUCGGAUCUCCGACCCUCACUACUGGAUGCCUAUCCGAGCUUGCAUUUUGGGUUCUAAGACUUGCGCCGCCAUUGUUUCCUGGACUCCCAUCGAUUAUCAAACCAAAAACAUGUCCCCUCUUCAGUCAGGGUGCUGCAAGCCGCCGACAUCGUGCGACUAUGGAGCAACGUUGGAAUCGCAGGACCCGGAUUGCUCGCGGUGGAACAACGAGGCGACGCGGCUGUGCUACGACUGCGAUUCCUGCAAAGCGGCGGUGCUUGAAGAUAUGCGGAGGGACUGGCAAAAGAUAUCGGUUCUUAACAUUGUGAUGGUGGUUGUCCUGAUCGCCAUCUACACUGUCGGCUGCUGCGCCUUCGAGAACGCCAAGAUGGCGGAAACCGGCGGCUACCAUUACGGCCAAAAUCAGAUGUAUAAACUCCGUCCCAGAUGGGAUUUCUAUUGGUGGAGAAGACUUCACGACAGAAGACACCAGAUCUACUAGCCUCUACCCAAUACCCCCCAAGCUAGCUUGUUUCAAUUUUUGAUAAUUUUGUCUACAAAUUUUCAUGUUGUGCAACUGGGGAUGUUUCAAUAUCCAAUCAAUGUUGCAUACAUAAUAUAUGUUAGGUAGAUGAAUUUUUU